AUGGACUACGAUGCCAAGAGAGUGGAAGAAGGCUUGGGCCAUGUUCACAAAGAAGAUAUCAGCGAGAAAGCAGAUAAGAUCGAGAAAGAUGAGAGUAGCGCAACACCAGCCCAGUCGGUGGAACAGAAGGGGGAGGAGCAGCCUCUUAUAAAGCAGAAAAGCAAGAGGGUGGCAACCUUGGAUGCGUUCAGAGGCCUCACCAUAGUGCUGAUGAUAUUGGUGGACGAUGCUGGGGGAUCAUAUGCGCGUAUUGAUCACUCACCGUGGAAUGGGUGCACACUGGCAGACUUUGUGAUGCCAUUUUUUCUCUUCAUUGUAGGGGUCGCAGUCGCCCUUGCUCUCAAGAAAAUUCCGAGGAUAAGUCUAGCAGUCAAGAAGAUUUCCCUAAGGACACUGAAGCUUCUUUUCUGGGGAAUUCUUUUGCAAGGAGGAUACUCUCAUGCCCCUGAUGAUCUGUCUUAUGGAGUUGACAUGAAGCAUAUCCGAUGGUUCGGCAUCCUCCAGGUCUUCCCUUUACCUUUGUUUACUGGAAAGUCCAUCCCAAGUUCAAGUUUAUCUGGAUUCCUUCAGAGAAUUGCAGUAGUGUACUUUGUUGUGGCUCUCAUAGAGACACUAACCACCAAGCGCAGACCAACUGUCAUAGACUCUGGACAUUUCUCCAUUUUGUCAGCAUAUAAAUGGCAAUGGAUUGGGGGAUUUGUGGCAUUUCUUAUUUACAUGAUCACAACGUAUGCACUAUAUGUUCCAGACUGGAGUUUUGUGAUAGACCAGGAUCACGAAGCAAAGAGAUACACAGUAAAAUGUGGGAUGAGAGGACACUUGGGACCUGCAUGCAAUGCAGUUGGUUACGUCGAUAGACAAGUAUGGGGCAUUAAUCAUCUCUACUCGCAGCCUGUUUGGACGCGCUUGAAGGCUUGCACUCUUAGUUCUCCAAACUCUGGCCCUUUUCGUGAGGACGCUCCAAGUUGGUGCUAUGCUCCAUUUGAGCCUGAAGGCCUGUUGAGUACAAUUUCAGCUAUCCUCUCAGGCACCAUCGGCAUCCAUUACGGACAUGUUUUGAUUCAUUUUAAGGUUAUAAACUUCAGAUUACGAAUAACAGGUCACGCUGAAAGGCUCAAGCAAUGGGUUUCAAUGGGAAUUGUCUUGCUUAUUGUAGCCAUCAUUCUUCAUUUUACAGAUGCUAUUCCCAUCAACAAACAGCUCUAUAGCUUCAGCUAUGUUUGUUUCACAGCGGGUGCAGCUGGAAUUGUACUCUCUGCAUUCUAUUUAGUGAUUGAUGUUUGGGGAUUUCGGACACCAUUCUUAUUCCUAGAGUGGAUUGGAAUGAAUGCAAUGCUAGUGUUUGUGAUGGCAGCUCAGGGUAUCUUCGCCGCAUUCAUAAAUGGAUGGUAUUUUGAAAGUUCGGAUAACUCACUGAUGUAA